UAAAUCUAAGAGACUUUAGCUUCAUCAUUAUCAAUUAAUGACAAUGCUAAUUGCUUUGGCCUCCAGUCGUCUUCAAGGCGGAUUGGCCUGUCAUGCGCGAACUGCCAGACCAGCACUACAACAUUGUGGCGCAGAAACGCAGACGGAGAACCCGUGUGCAACGCGUGUGGACUUUACACAAAGUUACACGGGGUGCCCAGACCCCUUGCCAUGAAGAAAGAAGGUAUUCAGACAAGGAAAAGAAAACCAAAAACCUUGAACAAAACAAAGGGAUCAUCUGGAAGUAGUUCUGUCCCCAUGACUCCAACUUCUUCAUCGUCUUCUAAUUCAGAGGAGUGCACAAAGAACAGUCCUUCAUCAACGCAGGUGCCUGUAACGUCACUCAACUCGUCAACGCUGGUGGGCCAAGUCGAUGUUCCAGGCACGACGGGAUCCAUGGUGAAAUAUCACGGCCAGGAGAGUCUGUACACGAAUGUAGGCCUGACGUCCACAGCUGACGUGGCAACCUCCGUUAGAGGGGACACUUGGUGCCCCAUGGCCUUGGCUUAAACCCUGGCAUUAUGGGAUGGGAGCCAUUUGCUGUCCUUCAGCUCUCUAGAACGUCCCUUAAAAUCUGGCAGGGUGUGGGGUGUCAUCUGUUUUUGGUCUGCGUUAGUGAUCUUGAGCAGAGGCUUGAUCUGUUCCAAAUACUCCCGUUUUUGUUUGACCCGUGGAAUACUGGACAUCCACGAUGGAGAUUACCUUUGCUGCUCUGCACUAGAGGACGACACUUGAGAGCGUCUGCUUUAACACUACUUUCAGAGCACACCCUGCACCAUGAAUGUUGCUCGGAGUGGAUCAAAAAUGCUUUUUUUGAAAGUAGAGUUGUACAUAUCAAUGCUAACGGAUACUUUGCCCAUCUGGAAAGACGAGGUUGUUGAUUGGAUUGUGGUGAUCUGAAGAGAAAAACGGUUGAUCUGUCUGAAACUGGAAUUGAAGAUAAAGUGUCAAGGUGUUCUUAUCGAAGAAUGCAAACAUAUUUAUGAAGCUACGGUUGUUCAAAUAAUGCCUAUAUUUGUCAAUAAAGAUAAUGUCAAAUAGAGUAGGACUGAAGCCUUGCCCUUCCUUUGAUAUCUUUUGUGCAUGAUGUUGUUGCAGUGGAUGUUGCUCACUAAUCUGCACACCUUCUAUGUGAAAUUGAAAAGAAAACGAGAAGAA